ACUUUACAUACAGUCAUCUGAGGUUGGUAGUUUCAUGUGAUAUUGUCAGUUAUUAAAUAACGUCUACGCUAUUGGUAUUCACUGUUACUCAGUUGUUUAUUCCUGCUCCCAGUAAUUUUCUUUGGCCACCAUCGACCCUAUGUUUAUCUUUAAUUAAGUUUCGCUUGGUCUGAUUAUUAGAGCUUUAUUGUAGUGUGAAUUAUUUUUUCUAUCUGCUCUUCGACUUACUAUAAGCUCCAGUCGAUGUGUUAUUCUGCCAUGCUGAGAUGAACUGUUCUGUUAAUUGCAGAAAAAACUCCAAAUGACGUUUUGUUCCCUUUUAAUAUCAUUAACCGAAUUAGGUGAAUGCAGGUAAGGUGGAUACAGGUUAUUCUAAGUAAGUUAAGUUAUGUUGAAGUCAUCAACACAUCAAACAUUAACCUAAGAAAAAGCAAGUUUCUACGUCCAACACUAAAUCCGACACAAAAGCGAUACUACAAUUAUAUUCACAAGUUUAAAUUAUGGCAAAGCAUCAUCCAGACCUUAUUUUCUGCAGGAAACAACCAGGUGUUGGUAAGACUGUUGAGUUUCACUACUAUCCUUAACAAAGCUAUCGGUCGUCUGUGUGAAAAGUGUGAUGGGAAGUGCGUUAUUUGUGAUUCUUAUGUUCGCCCGUGUACUCUUGUUCGCAUAUGUGACGAGUGUAAUUACGGAUCAUAUCAAGGACGUUGUGUUAUAUGUGGCGGUCCAGGGGUUUCGGACGCUUAUUACUGUCGACAGUGCACGUGUCUGGAAAAGGAUAGAGAUGGGUGCCCUAAAAUCGUCAAUUUAGGAAGUGCGAAAACUGAUCUGUUUUAUGAACGUAAAAAAUAUGGAUUCAAAAAACGUUGA